AUGGACCAUUUAAAAUUCGAAAAUAUAAGAUCGAGUGAUGAGUUCCUCAAAAAGAACUACUUUUCAGAUAUAGAUACAAGUAUGAGUAGAUAUAGAUUGCAAGGAUAUUUAGCUGAAAAGAUAAAAAUUAUGGAAGAUCAUGGAAUUUUAGCAGAGGGUGCAUACGAAUUGGACGAUGAAAAUAAAAUUAUUAAAAUUAUUUCAAAAAAGAAAGGUUACAAUUUCUCAUUCACUGUAAAUUCAGAUUUAUCCGAAGUCAAUCAAGGCUCCAUUUCUAAUCCAUUUGGCCAAGGUGGUAAAGUCGGUUUGGAAUAUGGCGUAGGUUUAUAUAAAAGUUCAGUUCAUAAUAUAUUUUAUCAAGAUAGAUUCGGAAAUAAAAUAGCAUUGGCAAAAACAGUAGACACACCAAUCAUUGGUGAAAAAAAUUUUAAACUUGAAGAAAAAUCAUUAACAUAUACUUUCUCAGUUGGUCAACAGUUAUUUUCAGUUUCCACAACCAAUAGUUCAGCAACUGUUACAGAUAAAAACACAAAUAAAGAACAUUUAGCACACACAGGUACUUCAAUUAAGACCAGUAUUAGCCAUGUAUUAAGAUUAUUUUCUAACCCAUACUUUUAUGGUAAACUCAAUACUGAAAUUGCACUUCCUACAUUAUCGACUUUUCCAUUUAUCAAACCACAAUUUAAUAUUACAAAAAUCAUCCCAUUCAAUAAAUUUGAUUUGGGUAUCAGAUUCGAUGGUUCUUUUGGUGGAAUUUUUAGUAAAAGUUCAAAAAAUAUGAUUCCAAUUAAUGAUAGAUUUUUUAAUGGUAAAGAUUACAAUUUCCCAGGUUUUGUAAAUUCAAGUAUUAGUGGUCAACUUAAAACUCCAUUUUUAGGUAACUCCAUGUACUAUACAUUAAGAGGAACAUUGUUUAAAAAGAUUAAUGACCAAGUUAACGGUAUUGCAUAUUACAAUUUUGGUGGCUCAACAUUAAAUUUGGGAAAUGGUUACGAAAAUACAACAUUAAAAGAUUUAAAGUCAUUGCGUAGUUCAGUUGGUUUUGGUUUGUGUGUCAAUAUGGGUAAAGCAGAACUUAAUAUUUCUCUUGUCAAACCAAUUCGUUUCCAAAGUGAUGAUCACAUCGAAAACUUUUCAUUCGAAAUGAAUUUUAGUAUAUAG